CCCCCGUUCCCCGGCGCUGGGAGCCGGAGUCGGCGGGAAGAUGGCGGCGCCGCUCAUCCCUAUCUCCCAGCAGGAGUCCGGUGCCUGGAGCGCAGCCCUCCGUCACCCGGACGGACGGACAAGGUCGCUGCCGUCCCGGAGGUGACACUCGGGAGAGCUAUGGAAACCUGUGUCCUGCGAACCGGAGCUGCCUGUGUCGCGCCUCAGGAAGCGCUUUGCUAGACUUCCCCAGCCCGGCGCCAUGACUCAGAUCCAGAUUCCCAGCGGAAACCCACUCUACGAAUCCUACUACAAGCAGGUAGACCCAGCCUACACUGGGAGAGUGGGGGCCAGUGAGGCUGCGCUUUUCCUCAAGAAGUCAGGGCUGUCUGACAUCAUCCUUGGGAAGAUAUGGGACCUGGCUGACCCAGAAGGUAAAGGGUUCUUGGACAAACAGGGCUUCUACGUGGCCCUCAGGCUGGUGGCCUGUGCACAGAGUGGCCAUGAAGUUACCUUGAGUAACCUGAACCUCACCAUGCCACCGCCCAAAUUUCACGACACCAGCAGCCCGCUGAUGGCCACACCACCACCCGCCGAGACCCACUGGGCCGUGAGGGUGGAGGAGAAGGCGAAAUUUGAUGGCAUUUUUGAGAGUCUCUUACCCAUCAACGGCCUGCUAUCGGGAGACAAGGUGAAGCCGGUCCUCAUGAACUCCAAGCUGCCACUCGAUGUGCUGGGCAGGGUCUGGGACCUCAGUGACAUUGACAAGGACGGGCACCUGGACCGGGAUGAGUUUGCCGUGGCCAUGCACUUGGUGUACCGGGCACUGGAGAAGGAGCCGGUUCCCUCCGCCCUGCCCCCCGCCCUCAUCCCGCCCUCCAAGAGGAAGAAGGCCGUGUUCCCAGGUGCCGUGCCUGUGCUGCCCGCCAGCCCUCCACCCAAGGACAGCCUGCGCUCCACGCCCUCCCAUGGCAGCAUGAGCAGCCUCAACAGUGCCGGCAGCCUGUCCCCCAAGCAUGGUGUCAAGCAGCCACAGCCAGCAGUGGCGUGGGUAGUCCCAGUGGCAGACAAGCUGCGCUUCGAUGAGGUCUUCCUCCAGACUGACCUGGACCUGGACGGCUAUGUGAGUGGCCACGAGGUGAAGGACAUCUUUAUGCACUCCGGCCUCACCCAAAACCUGCUGGCGCACAUCUGGGCCCUGGCCGAUACAAGGCAAACGGGGAAGCUAAGCAAAGACCAAUUCGCGCUAGCUAUGUAUUUCAUUCAGCAGAAGGUCAGUAAGGGCAUCGACCCCCCUCAAGUCCUUUCACCGGAGAUGGUCCCACCCUCGGAGAGAGGCACGCCCCUGCCGGACAGCUCCAGCUCGCUCGGUCCAGGGGAGUUCACAGGAGUGAAGGAGUUGGAUGACAUCAGCCAGGAGAUUGCCCAGUUGCAGAGGGAGAAGUUCUCCCUGGAACAGGACAUUCGGGAGAAGGAGGAGGCCAUCCGACAGAAAACCAUUGAGGUCCAGGAACUACAGAAUGACCUGGACAGGGAAACAAGCAGCUUACAGGAGCUAGAAGCGCAGAAGCAGGACGCUCAGGACCGCCUGGAUGAGAUGGAUCAGCAGAAGGCCAAGCUCCGUGACAUGCUGAGUGACGUUAGGCAGAAAUGCCAAGAUGAGACUCAAAUGAUCUCAUCACUGAAAACACAAAUCCAGUCCCAGGAGUCAGACCUGAGGACUCAGGAGGAUGACCUGAACCGGGCCAGGUCGGAGCUGAACCGCCUGCAGCAGGAGGAGACGCAGCUGGAGCAGAGCGUCCAGGCCGGCCGUGCACAGCUAGACACCAUCAUCAAGUCCCUCCAGUCUACACAGGACGAGAUCAACCAGGCCCGGAGCGCGCUAGCUCAGCUGCAGGAGAGCCGCCUGGAGGCGCAGCGCGGCGUGGAGCGGUGCGAGCGGGCACUGGAUGGAGCAGGCCCUGGCACCCUGGCCGAUGGAGGUGGAUUCGGAGCCAUGGAUGAUCCUUUCAAACACAAAUCACUGCUGUUCAGCAACAGUGCACAGGAGCUGCACCCCGACCCCUUCCAGACCGAGGACCCCUUUCAGGCUGACCCCUUUAAAGGAGCUGACCCCUUCAAAGGCGACCCAUUCCAGAAUGAUCCCUUUGUGGAGCAGCAGACGGCCAUAGCAGAUCCUUUUGGGGGUGACCCUUUCAAAGAGAGUGACCCGUUCCGUGGCUCUGUCUCCGACCCCUUCUUCAAGAAGCAGCCGAGGAGUGACCCAUUCACCGCUGACCCCUUCACCAAGACUCCUGGCCCGCCCACCUCGCUUGACCCGUUUGAGUCCAGCGAUCCCUUCCCGUCAUCCGGUGUGUCAAAAGCAUCAGAUCCCUUUGGGACCCUGGACCCCUUUGGGAGCGGGGCAUUCAGCAGUGCCGAGGGCUUUGCCGACUUCAGCCAGAUGUCCAAGCCCCCACCUGGGCCUUUCCCCUCGUCCGUGGGAGGCAUGGCAUUCUCAGAUGACCCCUUUCAGAGUGCGCAGCACACGCCUGCUCUGCCGCCAAAGAAGCCCGCUCCUCCUCGGCCCAAGCCGCCCAGCGGAGCAGCGGCACAGGAAAGCAGUGCCCGGUACACCCUGCUGGCCGGUAAAAGUACACCUGUAAGCCAGCUCGGCUCUGCAGACUUCCCCGAGCCCCCCGACCCCUUCCAGCCGCUGGGGGCUGACAACGGCGACCCGUUUCAAAAUAAAAAGGGGUUUGGGGACUCGUUUAGUGGAAAAGAUCCAUUUGUCCCUUCCUCUAAGGCCUCUUCCACAGGCUUUGCUGACUUCACCUCUUUCUGCAAUGAGGAGCAGCAGCUGGCCUGGGCUAAGCGGGAGAGUGCCAAGGCGGAGCAGGAGCGGCUGGCGCGGCUGCGGCGGCAGGAGCAGGAGGACCUGGAGCUGGCCAUCGCACUCAGCAAGGCCGACAUGCCCGCCUAGCGCCCCCCCCCCCCCCGUGUAUGCAUUCGUUGUAUAAAAUGAAGUUUGAAUGAUUAAUAUAAGUAUU